AUGGAGGCCGGCGGCAGCAACGGCACCUUCCUGCUGUCCCUGGGCGGCCCGGAUGCAGAAGCCUUCAGCGUGUCCCCUGCAAGGGCGGCGGGCUCGGCCGACCUGCAGCUGCUGGUGAGGGUGUCGGCGCUGGUGGACUAUGAGCGGCAGACGGAGAUGGUGGUGCAGGUGAGGGCUGCUCUGGUGGGCGCCUUGUGUUCUUGCUGGCUGACUCCGGACACCCUGAGCAGGGAAGACCUCUUUGAGGUGGACCCGGUCUCGGGCACGGUGACGGUGAGGAACGGCGAGCUGCUGGACCGGGAGGUGCAGGCCGUGUACUACCUGACGCUGCAGGCAACUGACGGCGGGAACCAGUCCGCCUCCACCACGCUGCAGGUGCACCUGCUGGACAUCAACGACAACGCGCCGGUGGUCAGCGGCUCCUACAACGUCUUCGUCCAGGAGGAAGAAGGCAACGUGUCCGUCACCAUCCAGGCCCACGACAACGACGAGCCCGGCACCAACAACAGCCGCCUGCUCUUCAGCCUGCUGCCCGGGCCCUACAGCCGCAACUUCUCCGUGGACCCUGACACGGGGCUCCUCACAAACCUGGGGCCCCUAGACCGAGAGGCCAUCGACCCCGCCCUGGGCGGCCGCCUCCUGCUGACCGUGCUUGUGUCUGACUGUGGCGUGCCUGUCCUCAGCACCGAAGUCAACGUCACCAUCACGGUGGAG